AUGGAAACUCAACCCACACAGAACGUUCAAAACUCUGGCGAUCAGUAUGUGGGUGAAGCUAAAAUGUUUGAGCCUAUUGCCAUCAUAGGCAUGGGCAUGCGGCUUCCUGGGGGCGUUUGUAACGCUACUGACUACUGGGACCUCCUCGUCAAUGGCAAGAGCGGACGAUGCCGAGUCCCCAGCAGUCGUUAUAAUGUCGACACAUGGUACGGCCCUGGCAGGCCCAAUCAUGUACCAACAGGGUUUGGCUACUUUCUUCAAGAUAUAAAUCUGGGGCACGUCGACCCCAGCUUUUGGUCAUUCACGAAGCAAGAAGCCGAACUUAUGGACCCCAGACAACGACUGUUCUUGGAGGUCGCCUACGAAGCCCUGGAAAGUUCCGGAACGACAAAUUUUAGGGGUAGUGAUGUGGGAGUGUAUGUUGGCACCAUGGGCGAAGAGUGGAAUCAUAUCGAGUCCAAAGACCAGCAAAAUCUUCACCAAGUCCGACCAGACGUAUAUGGAGAUUACAUCAUCGCCAACAGAACCUCUUAUGAGUUUGAUUUUACUGGCCCAAGCGUCGUGCUUCGUACGGCUUGCUCUGCUUCUUUAGUCGCGCUACAUAUGGCUUGCAGAGACCUGCAAGGCGGUGAUUGUGCUUCAGCUCUCGUUGGAGGCGUUAAUCUCAUUCUGACGCCCAAAGACACGGCAGUCAUGCAUCAGCAAGGCGUCCUGUCACUUACGGCGUCCUGUAAAAGUUUUGACGCUGAUGCGGACGGAUUUGCUCGAGGCGAAGGAGUUACUGCGAUCUAUAUCAAGAAAUUGUCAGACGCUGUACGUGAUGGCGAUCCGAUUCGUGCAGUCAUCCGGUCAACUUGCAUCGCUGGCGAUGGCAGGACCCAAGGGUUAACAACGCCUAAUCCCAAAAGUCAUGAGAAGCUAAUGAGAAGGGGGCAUCAACUGGCUGGUAUAAGUGACCUUUCUAAGACAGCGAUGGUUGAGUGCCAUGGAACUGGAACUACCGUCGGUGAUCCUCUGGAAGCCAACGCGAUUGCAAACAUAUGGUCUGAGCACGGAAUUCAUAUUGGAUCGGUGAAACCAAACAUUGGCCACGGUGAGGGUGCUUCAGGAUUGUCUAGCGUCAUUAAGAUGGUGCUAGCCUUGGAGAAUUCCACCAUCCCCCCAAAUAUCAACUUUAAAACGCCAAACCCAAAAAUUCUGUGGGGAAACGCGAAACUCAAGGUCCCGACAGAGCCUCUGCCAUGGCCAGCUGAUAAACUCGAAAGAGCAUCAGUCAAUAGCUUUGGAAUAGGCGGCUCUAACGCUCAUGUUUUACUUGAGUCAGCUGCCUGCUUCGGUGUAUCUUCUGCAAGGUCUAUCGAAAACGACGACCUAAGCCCUAAAGCUUCCAAGCAUCAUCUCCUGGUCUUCUCCGCAGGCCACCCAGAUUCUGUCAAAAGGACGGCUGCCAACAUUAAACAAUACUUGUCUCAACAACCUGAUAAGAUUAGAGAUGUAGCCUACUCUUUAAGUUCGCGUCGGGAACUCCACCAGCACCGCGCUUUCUGCGUGACUGAUGGCGUCCAGGAGCUCCAUAUGUCACAUAUCAACAAACCAGGAAAGCUAUCACCGUCAUUAAUUUGGGUCUUCACUGGACAGGGAGCUCAAUGGGCACAAAUGGGAAAAGAGUUGGUCGAACAAGAACCACUGUUUCGACAAAAGAUUAACAGUCUGGAUGGCGUACUAGCCAACCUCCCAUGUCCGCCAUCAUGGACAAUCAAAGGGCUGUUAUUGGCACCGAAGUCAGAGAGUAGACUUGACGAGGCAGAAUUCUCUCAACCAUGCCUUGUUGCCAUUCAAGUGGCUUUGGUUGACUUGCUUCGCUCAUGGGGCGUUGCACCCUCUGCAGUUGUCGGGCACUCUUCUGGAGAAACUGCUGCCGCGUACGCCAGCGGUGCAAUCACAGCUGAAGAUGCCAUUAGGAUUGCUUAUCAUCGAGGCCAGAUCACUCGGUUGAUUAAAUCUUCUCAUAAAGGGUCGAUGGCUGCAAUUGGGCUGGGUCGAGGCCAAGUUGAGCACCUCCUCAAACCGGGAGUUAUUAUCGGCUGCGAGAAUUCACCAGCAAAUGUGACUCUUUCAGGCGAGGCUGACGUCUUAGAAACUGUAAUGGAAGAUAUCAAGAAAGCAUAUCCAGAGGUGUUGGUACGAAGCCUUCGGGUCGAAUGCGGUUAUCACUCACACCAUAUGAAAACCGCGGCAGCAGACUUUACAAGGCGUUUGGAGGGACUGUUUCAACCCAAAUUGCCCAACGUGCCAUUUUAUUCUUCCGUCACAGGUAAAAUGAACGAAGACAUGUCUUCUUCAUACUGGGUCCGGAACGUUGUAUCGCCUGUCUUGUUCAGCACAGCGGCUGAGUCCGUCCUAGACGAUUUCAAGUCACCAAUCUUCAUGGAAAUCGGUCCGCACUCCGCACUAGCUGGCCCAUUACGACAGAUUCUGCAGGCCAGGAACCGGAAUGCCGAAUACAUUUCAACACUAGUACGAAACCAAAAUGCGGUCUCAUGCGUAAUGAAAACAGCAGGAGAGCUCUGGGUGGCCGGAGCCACAAUCGAUCUCUCUGCGGUGGUUCCGCGGGGAGAAUUUCUGGCGGACCUUCCCACAUACCCAUGGCAUUAUGAAAAAGAAUUCUGGGUAGAAACCCGACUAUCCCGCAGCUGGAGAUUCAGAAAACAUGCUCACCACGAGUUGCUGGGAACUCGAGUCGAGGAAAUUGCGGAUGCUUGUCCGGCUUGGAGGUGCAACUUGAGAGUUGAAGACGUGCCAUGGCUUCGAGAACACACUGUUUUUGGAGAAACAGUGUUUCCUGCCACGGGGUUUAUCUCGAUGAUUGGAGAAGCCCUGAAGCAACUCACAGGAUCUAUCGAUUACACCAUCAAGCACAUCCGUUUCGACUCGGCUUUAGUUCUCCAUGAUCAACCAGUUGAGCUGGUCACUAUUCUCAACCCCUCGCACGUCAAUUCUGAAGCAGAUUCGGGCUGGUUCGACCUGUCAAUUCAUUCGUUGAGCUACGGCUGUAACACCUGGGUCAAGCACGUCACAGGUCACUGCAAAAGUGGUUCAGACCGCGAGCGCCAGGCCCUCAAGGCUAUAGCUCUUCCCCGAAAGGCCUCUGCCGCGCCAUUCUACAGCACUUGGAAGAGGUUCGGAUUGAGUUACGGUCCCCGGUUCCAAAAUCUCACCGACAUUAACGCUCAUGUCAGCGAUGGAACAGCCAUUGCAACUUUACAGUCGGAGUUGUCGGAAUACGAAAAGUCAUCCUACACAAUCCACCCAACUCUUCUGGAUUCCAGUAUGCAUUUCUCAAUGAUCGCAUCCUGUCGUGGCCUUGUUAAGAAUCACAAAAGUUUGGCGGUUCCCACUUUUAUUGAAGAACUGUACAUCGGCAAGCCUUCAGGACAAAUCCAGGUGAAAGCAACCACAAACCUUGGUAAUGCAGCCAAAGAAACAAGUCAGGUUGUGGGAGUAUCGGAAGGGCAAGUUGUAAUAGACAUUCAAGGGCUUGAGGUAGAAGCCAUUGGAGACAGCUCCCUGGACCACGACACAGACCCUCAUGCUGGAGUCGUGCUCGAAUGGAAGCCUGACAUUGACCUACUUGAUCUAUCCCACAUUCUUCGUCAUAGGGAAUUCGGACUUUGUUCCGACAACCUGAACAAGAUGGUCUUGGCUUGUGUCGUGGAGUCAAGAGCUCAACUUCAAUUUCUUCCAGCAACAAAGCCACACCUUGUGAGAUUCAAAGGCUGGCUUGACGAAUCUUACCGAAAGGCCAUGACUGGAAACUACCUAGACGUUUUGAACGCUUUUGAAAUUGCGACGAUGAGCACCGAGUCAAGGCAAACAAUUAUCUCGGAGAUGCUCCAAGCCUGCAAAGGCACACCGUCAGAGAGCCAUGCGCUAGCGGUAUACGAAGUUUACACAAACGUCGCAGCUUGGUUCUCUGGUAACCUGGAUACAAGUAAGCCAACUUCGAAACAUCAAAUCACGGCUCAGGCGUCCGGCUUUCUAUGCGAUGUGGACAUCACCAGUUUACUUCAACUCUUGGUACACAAGAGGUCAAGACUUAACAUUUUGCAAAUUGGCGGUGUUCCCGAGGACAUGUUACCGUCUUGGCUUUUCGCAGCCAAGCAUAACCAUGACGUGCAUAGUACCUACACCUACACUACGGCAUCGGCACAAAUUGAUAGUACAGUUAAGCAGCGUCUCGCGGAGAUCCCCACAGCCAGACAUGUUCAGCUUGACAUCAACGUCGACCCUGUCUCACAAGGCCUUAAUGAAGAGUCAUUCGAUCUCAUUCUUAAAAUUGAGCCAACUCCAAUCUCACUGGCAGCCGCCAGAAAUAUGCGCAAGCUAUUGAAACCUACGGGACGGUUGGUUCUUCAACAUGCAAAUCCAACAUCGAGAACUCUUCAGUACGUCUUUGGACUUUCUCACAACCCAAAUGUGCUCUAUGAGGGAUGGGCGGAAGACCUAGCCUUGUACGAUCACUUAAGUCAGGCAGGGUUUGAUAACAAUGGAGCCACGACGUAUUCAGGAGACCAUGCGAGGCUUACCAUUGUUACACCAUAUCUGGACCAUUGGAAAGCCACGGCCGCAAGCAUCAUUUGUCAAGAUCCAUCUCAUCAUUCGAUCAAAGAUGCGACCAGAGCUCUUAAGGCUCGAGGGUUCGAUCUUGAUUUCGUCACUCCAGGUCAAGAAGUUCCGUGGGGUCAACCUGCCGUGUGCCUUCUAGAUCUUGAAGGCCCCUUCCUCCACAACAUGACACCGCAGCAAUGGACAGACCUUAAAACCACAAUUUUCUCGGCACAAGAUGAGAAACUGUUAUGGGUUACAGGUGCAUCCCAGAUCGAUUGUAAAGAUCCGAAUUACUCUCUGAUACUUGGCACUGCUCGCAGUCUUCGCAGAGAGCUUUCCAUGGAUAUUGUAACUUUGGAGUUGGACUCAUUCGACGCCAAUGGUUGGAAUGCCAUGAACAAAGUUCUUGAGACUCUCGGACAGCGCUUUACAGGGGGGGAAGUUGAGCCUGAGUCAGAGUAUGUGUUUUCUCAAGGCUCACUUCAAAUAUGUCGGUUUCGCCCUAUUAAUAUUUCGGAGCAAUUGUACCAAGGGGGGAAUAACUUGUCUAAGCAGUUGAAGAUAAGUAAGCCAGGCGUCUUAAAUAGUCUAAGGUGGGAGGCUAUCGAGCCGGUUCCCCUGGAGAGAGACUUGAUCGAAGUCGAAACCAAGGCUAUUGGACUUAACGUUAGGGACAUGGAAAUUUCAAAAGGUGAUAACCUUGAGCAGCAUGCUGGCUGCAGCGAUUUCGGCUUCGAAGGUAGUGGAAUCGUACGAAGAGUAGGUUCUGAAGUCCGGCGGUUCCGGCCUGGAGAUCGAGUUGCUUUUACUUUUGGCGGCUGCCUUUCUACCUCAAUCACAUUGCCGGAGACGAUGUGUGUGGAAAUUCCAGGGGCUAUGAGUUUUGAAGAGGCAGCUUCAUCGCCAUACUCGUAUGGCACUGCGUUGUACGGACUUAUGGAGCUUGGAAAGUUAAGGAGGAACCAAGCUGUGCUUAUUCAUUCGGCCUGUGAUGCCCUUGGACUUGCUGCAAUUCAACUAGCUCAGACUGUUGGCGCCGAGAUUUUCUGCAAAGUCGAACACGCAGAUCAGGCUGAAUAUCUCAACCGUUCCUAUGGGAUUCCGAAAAGUCAUAUUCUCAGUGGCGAUGAUGCUUCUUCUGCAUUUGAGGUCCUCCGAUUGAGCAACAAUCAAGGGGUAGAUGUGAUGUUCGGCCCUAUCGCCAAAGAUUCUCUCGGUCUCUACUGGAAGUGCCUUGCUACAUCCGGGAUCGUGAUUCAAACCAGACAUGGCGGAAGUUCACGCGGAUUCUAUUUCAACAUGCCACAGCCCAGUAGCAACCAAGCUUUUGUCAGCCUUGAUCAAGAAGAACUGAGGAUGCAUCGCCCAUCAGAAUGUACUCGUCUUAUAGAGCAAGCUUUCAUGUUUUGCAAGCUUGGGCUUAAUCAUCCUCCCCAGCCAAUCACCUCUUUUGAGGCUGCACGUGUUGUUGAAGCUUUCCAGUACUUGCAAGAAAAACGACACAUCGGCCGAGUUGUCGUGAGAAUGCCAGAGUGCAACGAGAAUCUUCUAUCAGCUCCGUUAAGGGCAAACAUGAAUCUCCAUCCGGAUAGGACAUAUGUGUUCGUUGGUGGAUUUGGAGGUUUGGGCCAAGCCACAGCAAGAUACCUUGCGGAGCACGGAGCUCGCCAUCUUAUCUUCUUCUCCAGGUCUGCCGAAGAAUCGGCAGUGGAAUUCCCUGAAUACGUUGAAGAGUUGCAAGCGCUCGGCUGCACUGUACAGGCAAUUUCUGGCAGUGUCGAUGAGAUUGCUGACGUUAUGAAAGUUGUCAGUUCUGCCAGGACGCCAAUUGCUGGAGUCUUGCAGGCGGCUAUGGUUCUCCAGGACAUCAACAUUACUGAUAUGACUUUCGAUCAAUGGCAAAAAACUGUCAAGCCCAAGGUGCAAGGCACUUGGAAUCUCCAUCAUGCUUUACAAUCACAGAGUGAACCACUUGACUUCUUCUUCCUCUUCAGCUCCCUUUCUGGGCUUGGAGGGCAAAUUGGACAGGCCAACUACGCCGCAGGAAAUGCCUUCCUUGAUGCCUUUGUGCAAUACCGACACACACAGGGGUUGGCAUGCUCGGUUCUGGACAUUGGUAUUAUGGAAGAUAUUGGUGUGCUUGCAAGGGACCAAAACCGCCUUGAGGCACUCCGAGCAACAUCACAACACUGUCUCCACGAGCAAGACUUUCUCGACGCCCUGGAGUUGAUGAUCAAACGGUCGCAUAAGAAGCCGGCAGACAAGACUUUACCUUACGAGAUAUCAGAAGGAUGCACAAACCACAGUCAAGUCGCUAUCGGUAUGAGAUCAUCUGCCUCAAAGAACAGAACGGGUUGGCAAAGGGACCCUCGGACAGUAUUCCUGGGAAACUCCUCAGUUACCGAUCAAAACGACCAUAUGACCGAACCGAAUAGGACUUUGAAGGAGUUCCUCCAAGCAUGCAGCUCUGAUCCCGCGCAGCUUCAGUCGGAAGAAGGAAAACUCUUCUUGGCUAAACAGAUCAGUGGCGCAUUACAAGAUUUCACAAUGCAUAAGCAUGAUGAGGUUGAUUUAUCGUUGCCCUUGCAGACGGAUUCUCUGGUUACAGUUGAGCUUCGGAACUGGCUUAGGCAGAAGAUGGGUGUGACGUUUACUAUCUUAGAGCUACGAAGCGCAGAGAGUAUCGCGUCUUUAGGGCGGGAGGCAGCGGUGAGGCUUUUCGCUACGCACAAGAUGGGCUUUUAG